AUGAAUAUUUUAUCAUAAACUGGAAAGAAUUUUUUUUUAAUUGACUAGACAGAAAAUGAAGUUUCAGAAGUCACUUUUGUUAGGCAAACUACAAAUAAUAUAAUGAAAGCAUAAACAAAAAGUUGGGGAUCACAUCCUUCUUAUCACUGAAAGAUGUAAAUAAAGGAUGUUUUUAAAAAUAAUUUUAAUUAAUUAUGACUUAUCCUAACUAGAUCAUCAGGAAAACUGGUUAGCAUUUGUGUAUUUUUAAACACAUUUCACAUUUCAUUUCACAUUUUGUAGAUGUAGAGAUAAUAUUUCAAACCCUUUUUCAGUAUUGUACAGCCUAUAGUUUCUAUGGUUACCAGACCCUUUGUGGAGUGACAAAGGUUGGCAUUCUGAUUCUCUUGAGUCAAAUUCUGGCCUUUGACUCUUUCCCCUUUUCACACCCCUAACUAAGCUUGGCCUGUUGCUAUGCUGGAAGAACUGUCAGCAAGAAGGUUCCUAUGGUAACAGCAAUGGAUAUUUGAAAGAAGAAGCACAAAAGCUUGCUUGAUUUGGAUUUAAACAAAAGAAUGCCUUACCUUGUAAUUGAUUGCAAAAAAAAAAAAUUAAUUUUAGCAAGCUAUUUUUCAUUUUGUAAAUGUUUUAUUCUUAUUAAUUUGUUUAAGCAAAAAGUCAGGAUUUUUUCAGAGAUCUUCUGCAUGAUUCAAAAUACACAACCUAAGUUUCAUCCAUUUAACAGAGCCAUUCCAUCCUAUGGUGAAUCUGGAUUGUUCCCGAGAUUUCCGUCCAUUUCUUUGUGCACUGUAUGCACCAAUAUGUAUGGAAUAUGGACGUGUUACACUACCCUGUCGUAGGUUAUGUCAGCGAGCAUAUAGUGAGUGUUCCAAGCUCAUGGAAAUGUUUGGUGUUCCUUGGCCAGAAGAUAUGGAAUGUAGUAGGUUCCCAGACUGUGAUGAACCCUACCCUCGCCUAGUAGAUCUGAAUUUAGCUGGAGAACCAACUGAAGGAGCCCCAGUGGCAGUUCAAAGAGACUAUGGUUUCUGGUGUCCCCGAGAAUUGAAAAUUGAUCCUGAGCUGGGUUAUACUUUUCUUCAUGUGCGUGAUUGUUCACCUCCUUGUCCAAAUAUGUACUUUAGACGAGAAGAACUUUCAUUUGCUCGAUAUUUUAUAGGACUGAUUUCCAUCAUUUGCCUUUCUGCCACAUUGUUUACUUUUUUAACUUUUUUAAUUGAUGUUACAAGAUUCCGCUAUCCCGAAAGGCCUAUUAUAUUUUAUGCUGUUUGCUACAUGAUGGUGUCAUUGAUUUUCUUCAUUGGGUUUUUGCUUGAGGACCGAGUAGCCUGCAAUGCAUCUAUCCCUGCCCAGUACAAGGCUUCCACAGUGACACAAGGGUCUCAUAAUAAAGCCUGCACUAUGCUUUUCAUGGUGCUCUACUUCUUUACCAUGGCUGGCAGUGUCUGGUGGGUCAUACUUACCAUCACAUGGUUUUUGGCAGCCGUGCCAAAGUGGGGGAGUGAAGCUAUUGAGAAGAAAGCUUUACUUUUUCAUGCCAGUGCAUGGGGCAUUCCUGGAACUCUCACUAUCAUCCUUUUAGCUAUGAAUAAAAUUGAAGGUGACAAUAUCAGUGGCGUAUGUUUUGUUGGCCUGUACGAUGUUGAUGCAUUGAGGUAUUUUGUUUUGGCUCCCCUAUGCCUGUAUGUGGUAGUUGGAGUUUCUCUUCUAUUGGCUGGUAUCAUAUCCUUAAACAGAGUUCGCAUUGAGAUUCCAUUAGAAAAGGAAAAUCAAGACAAGUUGGUGAAGUUCAUGAUCCGGAUUGGUGUGUUCAGUAUUCUGUACCUUGUACCACUCCUGGUUGUAAUCGGAUGCUAUUUUUAUGAGCAAGCGUACCGUGGCAUAUGGGAAACAACAUGGAUACAAGAACGCUGCAGAGAAUAUCAUAUUCCAUGUCCCUAUCAGGUAACUCAAAUGAGCCGACCAGAUCUAAUUCUCUUUCUGAUGAAAUAUUUAAUGGCUCUCAUAGUUGGUAUUCCCUCCAUUUUUUGGGUUGGAAGCAAAAAGACAUGCUUUGAAUGGGCCAGCUUUUUUCAUGGACGCAGAAAAAAGGAGAUGGUAAAUGAGAGUCGCCAGGUACUCCAGGAACCUGAUUUUGCCCAGUCUCUUUUGAGGGAUCCCAAUACUCCCAUUAUUCGAAAAUCAAGAGGAACCUCUACCCAGGGAACAUCCACACACGCCUCUUCCACCCAGCUGGCUAUGGUGGAUGAUCAGAGGAGCAAAGCAGGGAGUGUCCACAGCAAAGUGAGCAGCUACCAUGGCAGUCUCCACAGGUCUCGUGAUGGCAGGUACACUCCUUGCAGCUACAGAGGGAUGGAAGAGAGACUCCCUCAUGGCAGCAUGUCCCGUCUAACUGAUCACUCCAGACACAGCAGUUCUCACCGGCUCAACGAGCAGUCACGGCAUAGCAGUGUCAGAGAUCUUACUAAUAACCCCAUGACUCACAUCACCCAUGGGACCAGCAUGAAUCGAGUUAUUGAAGAGGAUGGAACCAGUGCUUGAUUUGGUUUGUUCUGUAGGGUGAACUUGGGCUGUUGUGAAACUUGGAUUCCAUUUCUUUGCCAUUGCAUGACUGAUUACAGUAACUCAGUAUUAUCAUGCUUUCAAUCAGGUGCUGAUUGUGUAUGCUGGGAAAGCAAAAGUGUCUCUUGCUUUUUAAAGUCAUGUUUUUACAUUGCAUCAGAAUUGAAAUAUUGGGUGGUUCAACAUACUCCAAAUAAGUGCUAGUCAAGUUUAUUGAUAACCAAUUAUUUGAUCUUUUUUUCUCCAAAAGACACACUAUGGAACUUCUUAUUUUACAUUUAGAAAAAUCUGAAUGAGUAAUAAUUACCAUUUAGUCAUCCUUUAUAUAAGAAAGAACCAGAGUUGAUAUAAUAUUAAAAGUAUCCAAGGGGGGAAAAAAAGCAUUCUGUAUGUUAAAAGAAUUUUGCAUCAGAUAAAUAACUUUGUUUUCAGUAAGUAAAAGAAGGCUUUCAUAUUGAGGUAUACGUAGAAUUUCAGAAACUAUCCUAUGGAAAUACAGUAGAAGAACCUGACUAGUCUAUUAGAGAACAUUUAUAAAUUCUGUUUAAAAAAUAGUAACUCCAGAAAUUUCACACCAGGAGGGAAAGAAAGUAAGGGAUUCCCUACCACUACCAUGCACACACAUAUAAUUUUGUCAUUCUUACUAUUACCAAUUAUAACUUAUACUAAUUUUGUAGUUCUUAUUUACUUGCAUAGCAGAGAAACUUCAAUUUGUAUGCAACUGAUCACUUAAAGAUUUCUAAAGAAUAUACAUACUUAAAUCAUUUCCAUUGAGGUGUGUGACAGGAUAAGGAGACAGAGUUUAUGAUGGCCAUAAUCUCAAAAUACAUUCCUUUUUUCAAUGGUGAAACACUUUUCUUUGAUGAGACUUUGCUUCUGACCUAUUUUCUGGCCAAUAAAGAAGUUAAAGUGUUGAAGAAAAGAUAGGAUGCCUACAAAGCGCCAGACCUGAUUUUGGCAUCUAGACCCGUCUGUUCUUCUGUAGACCACCUACACUUAUUUGACUUGCCUGAAGAGACUCUAGAGCCUUCACUGACACCCUUGUAUCAAGUUAAUUCAACAAACAUUUGUGAAGUGCCUAUUAUUUUCUUUCCAGGCAGUGUGCUAGGUACUGGGCCUACAAAGACAAAAAUGAAAUCACCCAUCUACUCAAAUUUCCAUUCAUUGGUAAUUCUCAUUUCCAUCUAAAAUAUUUUGGAAAUUGCUGGAGUCCAAAGGUAUAUUUAGUUUUAGGUGUGUGGAAUAUAAAUAGAAGCUAAAUGAAUUAUAGCUGUGCUUGUAAUAAAAUAUCUCUUCCUCCUCAAAAUAUUAAUUCAAAAAUGUUAGUGACUCUUUGUCUUAUAAGUCACUUUCAGCAUUAGACUGUGAUCUUUUUUAGGCAUGGAAAAUUGGUCUGGAAUUAAUGAAAAAAUUAGAUUGCAUCUACAUAGUAGGAACAUUCAAAUUUUCUUGUUCCUAUUGGCGAUCUGAUAUGAUAGCACCCAGUAUAACCAAAAACAAGAGCUAAAUUUCAAGGUAUAUUUAUGUACAUUUUAUAGUAUUAUUUGCCUCUUUAAAACAUGUACCAUUAAGAACUUUUAAGGCAUGCAAAAGUGCCAUGAUGGCCUACUGACUAAAAUGUUUAUUUUACUGCUUCUUGCUGCCUCUUUUUUAAAACAGAAAGUAAUUCUUUAUAAGACAAUGUGCUUAAUACUUUAUAUUGUGUGCUGCAAAAUAACAACUCCAUUUGUUCUGUUGUUUUUAUCUGACAAGUGAACAACUAAAUAUUUCUUUUUAAAGUAUAUAUAGAAACUAAUGCUUUAAAAUCAGUUAUGAAUAGUUUUAAUGUGAAUCCCUAAUAUAGUUAUUUCAGUAAGAUAUUCAGAAAUUAAUGCAAGAGAUUCAAGACUAAUUGUGUCUAAAAAUCAUUAAAAUUAUUAUUUUAGAAAUAUACACAAUGAUGGCAUUAAUGAACACUUAACCAAUUCAGACUUUCAUCCCAACUAUUCAGGAUCUUAUUUCAAAAAUUUUGAAGGAUCUAAAAUUUUAAAGUAUAGGAACUGUUUUAUAAGAAUUACAUCUAUAAAAUAAUGAAAAACAUGUAAAUUGACUUGAAUGAAGUCUCUUUCUUGGAUCACUGAAAUUCAGCAGAUUUACUAAGCACUUACUAUGUGCAAGGCAUUUGCUAUAUUACCAGUUUUAAUAAUGUGUUCCAUAUUCUUAUAAUGAAUUCAGAAAACAAAUCAGAAUAGUUCUUUAAAGUGAAUGAUUUGUUUUCUAUUUGGUCUCUUGAGUAACAUAUGAUAGUAUAGAUCAUUUAAAUGAAUACUGUCAAAUUUUCAUUGGUAAUAUGAUUUUAUUUUCCUCUUUAAGAAACUAGAAUUGUUUUAUAAAAAUUCCAGUUAUCACUCAGAAAUAGAAAAGCUAAUUACAUUUGUACCUACCUCAUUAUUUGCUUUGCAGCAUAGCUGGAAAGCAAACAAUUUGAAUCAUCUUUUGAAUACGGGUCAAAUUCCAUUAUAGUGUAAUCCAAGGAACUAUCUUGAUUUUCUAAAAAAAAUAUAUAUCAUUUGCUGAAACUUUGGAACUAUUUGGGGGAUGAGAAGGAGGUAUUCAGAUAUGUAAUUAUAAUGGGAUUUGACCUAUAUAAUGUGAUGACAGAGUACUGCUUGCUCCUAGUCAUGUUGAGAUGACAGAAUCUUAAGGGUCUAGGGAACAAAAAUGUUAAUUUCAGAAGCUUUCCCCUCACUCCACAUAUUUUUUAAAAAACAAAAACAAUAAUUUCAUUAAUAUUUCUGUAGUAUGACCUAUAAACCAAUACUUUAACUUUUCAAAUUGAAAAUUCCUUCAGGAACCAUUGUAUUCUUAACUUGAUUUAGUCUUUAGGUUAUGUUCAUGUGCCAA